AUGAGCGAUCAGAGGACGGGCAAUUUUCGUUCUGGUCCUGGCAAAGAUUUUCCUUCAAGCAUUCCCUUUUCUCCUUGGAUGGCUCACAUUCAACCCAUCUCACCUAGUGAAUUUCCACAGGCGUCAAGGCCUCUCGUGUUUGAAGGGUUUGUUCCCAGUUCCAUUCGUCCACAAUCUCCUCAGCCAGAGAACCACACAAAUGCGUCAAAUCGUCUUCCUUACUCUCAGCAAGACCAACCGCCACUUCAAUUCGGGUCCCUAGGCCAAUCCGAAACCUCAUAUCCAGCGAUAAUACCGGCGCCCUUUUCACGGUCAAAUUACGUUCCCUUUCCGGCCGACGCAUUACCUCAGCGCCAACAAGACCAUCCACGAAAAGCCCCUGAUGGAGAUGUCUCUGAAACCCCCAACGAGGAGGCGGAAACAUCCGCUGAUGAGGAGGAUUUGUCCAUGGACGAAUCUGAAAUCCCCGGCAUAGCCUCCGUUACAGCCGAAGGUGAAAUCCAUACGACCACAAAACGACCAUUCGGUCGGCCUCGACCACCGGGAACAGAAUCCCGGCCUAGGAAAAGACGCAAGAAAGGCACCGGAGCUCGAGGUGGUUGGAGUAAGGGUCUGAGAAUUGGUCCCAGACCAGCCAUUGAUCCCGGUGCGGAAUUUAAUGAUCUCUACAAGCAAGCCACCAACGCUUUUAUUGAUGAUCAGGAUACGGAGAGAGCCCUGGAGCUCAUAUUGAAGGCUAUUGCAAUCAAUCCAGAAAUCUACUCGGCUCAUGCUCUACUCUCUGAGAUAUAUUUUGUGAAGAAUGACGACGAAAAGGCUAUUGCUGCCCUCUUUAGCGGCGCUCAUAGCGCUCCAAGAGAUUCAGAAGUAUGGCAGCAAGUGGCGAAUGCAUGCCUCCAACGAUCCACUGGUGACCGUCAGACAGCUCUACAACAGGCCAGUUAUUGCUAUUCCCGGAUCAUACAUAAUGAUAGCAAGGAUUUUGACACUCGAUAUCGACGUGCUGGUGUCAAUAGAGAACUCGGUAAUUAUGCCAAAGCAAUGAAGGACUUGGACACGAUUCUGGAAUCCAUGCCUCGGAAUUCCAGCGUCAUGAGACAAGUCGCAGAAAUCGGCAUUGAAACACGUGACACUGGCAAAGCAAAAUCUCUCUACGAGGAAGCCCUCUCAUACUACAAGGAAAACGGCUUGGAAGGUGAGGAGUCCUUCACUUGGGCUGACAUCCUUGUGUAUGCUGAGCUUCUUGCACAAGAAGAACCCCCCGAGUUGGCAUUAUCAAAUUCCAUCAAGGUUUUGAAACAACUGUCGAGAUGGCUAUUGGGAAGACACGAAGAGGACUUCUGGGAUGAAUUCUCCGACGACGAUAGAGAAUGGGAUUCAGACGAUGAUCCGCGAAGAAUUAUGGUGUCCCAAUUUGUCUCCGGCCAAUAUCCGCUUGAUGCCUAUGGUAUCGGACUGCCGUUAGAGCUUCGAGUUAAGCUAGGGUUGUUUCGUCUAGGGCAAGGCCAAGACACUUUGCAUGAAGCACUGGCUCAUUUUGAAUGGCUCGAACCUGAGGGCAGAGGCGAAGCCGCGAACGUCUUCGAAUACCCGGAUUUGUUUCUGGAAGUCGCCCGGGCUUUAUACGCCGCCCAAGAACACAACCAAGCAUUGCGCUACUUUGAGCCUUUAAAAGAAGUCAACGCGUAUUCUGAUACCGAUUUCUGGCUAGGUAUCGCUGCGUGUUCUUAUAUUUGCGGUAACAAAGUACAAGCCAUUGAAUGCUAUGAGGAAGCUAAGUCAGGAGAUGACAAUUGUGGUGAAGCCAGGACUCAACUGUCCAAGCUUUACGCUGAUCUUGGGGAAAGGGCAAAAGCCAUGGAAAAUGCACGAGAAGCUGUUCGUAUCGCCGCCAGUUCGGUCCAGAGGACUGAAAAGCGCAAAUACGAACGCAAAGAACAGCGGCUAGCUCGUGAAGCGGCAGAAAAAGCACUCAAACAAGCCUACAGACUCCCAAGUUCUAUCGAUCAAGAUAACCCAAUCGACCGCAUUGAGGCACGUCUUCAAAGGAAGCGAAGGAGGCUGACAAGAGAUAAAUCCGUGAUCGCACCCAGGAUGAUUCCACCCAACCGACAAGAACGCCCAUUAACUUCCAAACCCAUGACAGCGGUGGAGAGAGAGACCCAUCGAACCGAAAACAUACUUCGAUUGUACACAACCUUGGUCGAUAGCACUGAGGCCAUGAGAGAGGGCGACGAAAUUGCACGUAACACUUGGAUGGAUUGUGCAGAGGUUCUCAUUACCGAUUUUCGAAGCAAUCGUGUGUUUUACCCUGCUGAACGACACGCGGCUUUUACUGGAUAUGAUCGGGAGGCCCAAAAUGUCAGAUCCCGUAAAUAUUGGGAGGCACGGCACGAACUCGAGCGGAACGAGAAUCAAGAUUUUCCGAUUCCUUCUGUCGAGUUGUCCAUUCCGACAGAGUAUCGCCAAAUCCACUUUUCAGACUGGCUUGAUGUGUUCUUGGAAUAUGCUCUUCUGCUGGCCAACACUUCUGAAUUCGAUGCUCGACAUCGGUGCUAUACCGUCAUCAUGGCCGUGUUGGAUUGCGUUGUCUGGUACCAUGACCCACAAGCAAUUCUACAAACUUAUAUCUGCUAUCUCGCCUGCGCCCUCGCCCUCCGAGAUGAUGCCACUCUGUUCAACAUCGUUCUGAGGUGGUUCAUACGCACUUUCCAAUUCUGCACCGAUGCAUAUCGUCUCUUUUCGGCAAUGAACUUCGUCUAUCCGCACUCGAACCAUAAAGGGGGCAAGGACGGUCAAAUGAGUAGUGCGGUGUUUCGAAAUGGUCCAACCCAGAAAUUCAUGUUCAGACAGGUCAUGAACUUCGACUUGAAUCUGCCACAAGAUUACCAUCCGGAGGAAUUUGGUGGCGUUCCUGACUUUAUGCGCCAUACCGGCGAGCAGAUCCGACCAGACGAUGGUGAUGAUAGCCUAUUCGCCAGUCCCAGUGGACAAACUGCGACGCCCAAGGAGAUGGAUGUGGUACUUUUGACCCUCUACGCUCAUAUCCUCUACGCCGGUGGCAGCUUCCCCAAUGCGUUGUCGUAUUACUUUCGCGCUCUGUCCCUCGAUCCCAAGAACCAUGUGGUACUUCUCAGCAUAGCCCUGAGCUACAUACACGAGAUGUUGAAACGCCAGACCGACAAUCGUCAUAUGUUCAUGUUACAAGGCUGGGCUUUUUUUGAAGAGUACGCUGAUGCAAGACGUGAAUGGGCGCAGACGAAGAAUGAUGCUGACCUAGAGGUCCUGAUUGAGCGAGAGAUCGAGUUCAAUCGCGCCAGGUGUUGGCAAAUGCUGGGUGUGGCGGAUUUGGCGAUCAGAGCGUAUGAGAAGAUGCUUUCCCUUCCCGGCUCAACCAACGCCCAGACUUCGAGAGGGAACACUGAAUCGGAUUGGACAUUGGAAGCAGCCUAUGCAAUUCAGUCCAUGUAUGCGUUGAGUGGGAAUCCGGGGAUGGCGAGGGAUGUCACGGAGAAGUAUCUUGUUGUCUGA